AUGGCGCCCCCAAAGAAGUCUGGCAGGGCACUCCUUAGGGAGGAGGGUCUCGAACGGACGGAUAAUAAUCUCAGAACGCACUCAUGGCCGGUCAUUCCUAUGAUCAAUCAAAAGAAUUAUUACACCGAAUACCUCAAGCGCGAAGAGCAGAUCAUGGUGUUUCGCCAACAGCAGGAAGACCUCCUUAGGGCCCAAGCAGCGCUGCUCGAGAAAGAAAAACAAGUGUCUAUGGUGGCGGAUCCGAUGGCGAUGGACAUCGAUAGAGGCGCAGAGGAAGGAGAGGAAACCGCAGAACAAGAAGAGGCGCUAGGUAGUAAGGUUAUUGUCAUCCAUACGGGAUCUCAGAACAUGAGAAUUGGCUUAGCUAGCGAUGCUUUGCCGAGGUCUUUUCCAAAUUGCAUAGCAAGGAAAGCGGAUAAAGCAGAAUAUGAGGAGGAAGAGAGGUGCCCGAAGAGGAUGAAAGUUGCUGAAGAGAAUGAGGAUUCUGACGAUGAGGGACCGCAGUUCGGCGAAGAAUUUGACUCUCAGUUCAAUGCAAUGUCGAAUGAACUGAAGGUCAGGAUGCGUCAUAACAAGCGCCGUAUCCUCCCCAAUUCUCGUGACCUUGUACUCUCCUACAAUCGCCGUACACCCCCGGAGACCAUCAAGGAGCAUAACGACCCCUACAGGGUGGAAUGGACGGACACUGGGAGGAAUAAAGCGCCAGAUCACUUUGUUGGGAACGAAGCGCUUAGGGUUCCCGAUAAUUCUGACCCUCGAUAUCGCCUUUUUUGGCCCAUUCAAUACGGGACUUUCAACGAGAGAGAUUACCACUCCAAGAGAAGAGUUUUGGAGGAUAUAUCCGUAAUUCUUGAAGAGGGUAUCAAGAGGGAACUAAAUAUUGAGAAGAAAGAUCUCAAGUUAUAUUCCGCAGUCUUGGUUGUUCCGGAUCUCUACGACAAAAAUUACGUUACUGAGAUGCUCAAUCUCCUGUUAAAGGAGUUCUGGUUCGCCCAGGUUUGCAUUAUUCAGGAAUCAUUGGCAGCGACUUUUGGAGCAGGUUUCUCGCAGGCGUGUAUUGUGGAUAUCGGAGCUCAGAAAACUUCUGUUUGCUGUGUCGAGGAGGGGAUGUGUCUUGCGGAGUCACGUCUAAAUCUUAAAUAUGGAGGCCGGGAUGUCACGAUAGCGCUAAUGAAAAUGAUGCUGUCGUAUUCAUUCCCGUACCGUGACAUCAACCUACGACGCCGCUACGAUUUCCUAUUAGCCGAAGAGCUCAAGGCGAAAUAUGCGACACUCAACGACUCUGAUAUUAGUGUCCAGGCACACGAUUUCCAUCUAAGGGCUCCGGAGCAGGAUACUAAGAAGUACCACUUCAAAACCUAUGAUGAAGUCAUGCUGGCACCUUUGACACACUUCAAACCCACCAUCCUCUCACACGAAGAAAAGCUCACCGGCCGCCGAAGCCUUUGGGAGCGCUCCUACGACCUCUACGAUGGCCAGCCCAAUGACCCCCUCUCUACAGCCCAACAUUCCCUCUACCAAUCCCUAAUGCCACGGCCCUCAUCCACCGGUAACGACUCAACAGUGAAUAUGGGCGCCAUCACCCCUGCCCGUCCCACACUUGCUGGUUUCGGCGGUUUCGGUGCACACUUAACAGCAGCCGAUACAACCCCUCGGUCCUCUAUAGCCGGUUCCCCAGCCCCUGAAGGCACUCCCGCACCCCCGGGGACAACAACGCCACUCGUUCCUGGUCCCGGCGGUAUUCCACACCCAGGCUCGGUCGGCGCCCCCCAACCUACCGGCCCAACACCCAUGGAACAAGCCGAGGACCGCGAUCGGGUAGUCCCCAUCAUGCCCCUUGACGCAGCAAUAGUGGAGAGCAUAACCCACGCUGCCAAAGGUGAGGAGAAGAAGAUUAAAGACUUCCUAGCCAGCAUCAUGGUCGUUGGUGGGGGCUCGCUGGUCUCGGGAUUCAAUCACCAACUCGAAGAGCGCAUUCGUGCGCUCAAGCCGAGUAAGGACUAUCAGAUCAUUAUUGGCGUCCCACCUAGGGAAUUGGAUCCCAUGGUCAUCGUCUGGAAGGGUGCGAGCGUGUUUGGGAAGUUGAAGAUUAGCAACGAUUCGUGGAUUAGGCAGAAUGAGUAUGAUAUACUCGGGAGUAGGUUAUUGACGUAUAAGUGUUUGUGGACCUUUUGAUUGAAUCGGUUUGGCGAACGGACAGAUGGGGGUCGGGGGAGGAUUGGGUUCCAGGUGUCUGGCGCUGAGGCCACACGGGGGGACUAUCCGGUCCACCAGCCACAGUGUGGCUUGCACCCAUGUAAAAAAAUAAUCGAAGUGGGCCAUACUCCUC